AAGGAUAAUCAUUCAGGAGGGGGAAGAACCGCUCCGAUGAAACCCCCCGGGGUCUAGACACUGGUGGUGGUGAUAAGUAGGUGGGACCGGUCUGAAGGGAGAAGGUUUAGCUUGGUCCUGAAGGAGACAGGAGGCGAAAGGGGUGGAGGAGGGUUGCAUAUUGUCACCUGAAAUGACAGCUGACAAGAGGGAAGAGCAGAUAUAAAGGGAUUAGCGGGUGCAACGAUAGGCUUGUGAGAAUGGAGAGAGGAGUGAUUGGUUAGCUGGGGAGUGACGCCCCCGAUCACUUAAUGAGGGAGGAGAGAGUAAUGAAAUGACAUGUAAUAUGAAUGAAGAGCUUGGUCUUGAUUGAACUUGCGCUGAGCUUUCAUUAGAUGGCUAAAGUAGUUGAUUUAAAAGGUUUUGUUGGUAUUAGUUGAAUCAUGUUUGACGACAUCUGCAGGCUGAGUUUGGUUUCACUCACUUUAUGUCUUGUCUAAGGACCAGUUGUUUCAUGGUAGUUAAAGGGACUUUAUAGUUGUUUUCUGAUACAAAAGUACACCAUUUAUAAGUUGAAAGUUAUUGUCACAGUAAAACUUUAUGUCAAGGAUUGUAGUGUUCUCUCAUUUCUUAUUCAUUAUUGAGAGGUUACACUCUGUAUAUACACCCUGUGGUACCGUUUCAAUCAUAACUUAUUUAUAUUCUCUCUCAAAUGUUGAGGAAAAGGCAGAACAUAACGGACAAAAAUAAUCGAACCAAAGUGCAGAUCUUAGUGGUCAAUGUUUCGUGUGACACUUUGUUUCACUUCCUUUAGAGCAAUGACACCAUUUCCUGCCAUGGUAUCGUUUAGCGUACAAUAUUUUAUUAUCUCCCAGAAUUACAGAAACCAUUACCUUACUUCUGGUAUUUAUUUUAGGCUAUAACGGUAGAAUGUUCUCAACAUAAAUGAGGAAGUAAGAUGCUUUUAAUCUGAAUCUGAUCACUAACAGAAAACAUGUCAGGCUGCUCCGUGUAGUAUGUGCACAUUUGCUGUAGUAUAAAGUUUAGAGUUUAGUGUGAGCUGCAGACUGGGUCCCCAGAGGCUGAACACUGAGGAGACAUGCAGGCUGUGAUCGGACUGUUGGUGAUGAUGCUCGGAGCCUCUUACGGUCUGGAAACCUACUGUGACGGCAGACAGGAUGGAGCUCAGUGUUUCGGUCCUUUGGGAGGAACUGUGGUCCUCCAGCUGAUGGACAGGGGCUUAGAAACAGAAAGAUACAAAUUGUACAAAUCGUCAAACAAAGCAACAGUAAUACUUACUGUGAUAAACAAUAUGAUUGUAACGAAUGCCAUAAAAAGCAGAUCCUCAUUUAAUCUCGGUGAUGGAACAUUUAGGGUGAACAACCUCAGCAGGACUGACAGUGAUGAAUAUCAUUUUGAAAUCCGUGACAACAAAAGUAUCAAAGAGAAUCGCGCUCUACGACUGACCAUUCAAGCUCCUGUGUCCUCUGUCCGGCUGGCCUCUGAGUGUCUGUCCCAGGGAGAGAAGAGGGUCUCCUGCUCCUCUGGGGGAGGGGACAGUCUUCAGUACAGCUGGACUCUGGAUGGACGCUCACUGACAGACACUGAGCUCCUCUCUGUAAAUACUGAGACUAACAGCAUCACUCUGAAACAACACGUCUCAGGAGCAGUGGCCUGCUCCGUCGAGAAUAACGUCAGCCGCUUCUGUGGCUUCACAUUCAUCAAGUGCACCUCAAAUGAGACACAGAUAUCACAGUGGGUGUUUGCAGCCAAUAAUAUGCUGUGUAUCGAACCAACAACACCUCCUACCACCAUCUCAGAAUCCUCCACUGUGGCUGAUCACUCCCUGCUCGUAUGUGGUGUGCUGGCAGCUGUGGUGGUUUUUGCAUUAAUCGGGAUUGCUGUCUAUUUUGCUUGGAAGAAAAAUAAAUACAAGAAGGCUGAAGGUUCUGCUUACCGUCCAGAGAGGGAACAUCAAGAUGAGUCUGUUGUGAUGGUUGAGAUGUGUUAG